AGCCGUCUAAAUCAGACUUUCAGCCCCAAUCUCUCAGGAGCGGCGUCCUCUCUUGCUUUUCCGCAGGAGCCAAGGGCUCAGACCGGCCUGGCAGGGCCCCUCCACUCCGUCGGGGGGUCCAAGGAGAAAUCCGAGUAGCUGCUGACGUCUAGCCGCCAAGGGGGAACGGCCUGCUGGCGCUCUGCGUUCUCUGGGGUUCGCGUACCCCUAGUCGUCGUGGUCGCGCGCUCAGCCCCUACUCUAUUUUCGUGGCCCCCUCACCAUGGCGGGCAUCCUGUUUGAGGAUAUUUUUGAUGUAAAAGACAUUGACCCGGAGGGCAAAAAGUUUGACCGAGUGUCUCGACUGCAUUGUGAGAGUGAAUCUUUCAAGAUGGACCUCAUAUUAGAUGUAAACAUUCAGAUUUACCCUGUAGACUUGGGUGACAAGUUCCGGUUGGUCAUAGCCAGUACUUUGUAUGAAGAUGGUACUCUGGAUGAUGGUGAAUACAACCCUACAGAUGAUAGGCCUUCCAGGGCUGACCAAUUUGAGUAUGUAAUGUAUGGGAAAGUGUACAGGAUUGAGGGAGAUGAAACUUCUACUGAAGCAGCAACACGCCUCUCUGCCUACGUGUCCUAUGGGGGCCUGCUCAUGAGGCUGCAGGGUGAUGCCAACAAUCUGCAUGGAUUUGAAGUGGAUUCCCGAGUUUAUCUGCUGAUGAAGAAACUGGCCUUCUGAGCCACCCAGGGAGCCAGGCUUGCUGCUUAGUCAUGCAGGUCAUGGACGUUCAUUCAAGCCCGAGUAGCAGUUGCUGUUGUUCACCUGUUCAGGAGGGGCUGGCUCUCUGUCCACUGUGGGUGCAUCUUUAGGAGGUCUGGACUCAAUGGGAAACUGACUUGCCUGCAAAAGACCCCGUGGGAGAGCUUAAAAUGAAUCAGAAGUUGUUUUAUGUAUAUGAUUUUUAAAAUUAAACUUUACUUUUUCAGA